AUGAGGACCUCGCAAAGUUUACUUCAGUUAGCCGGCAAAGUUCCAUAUAAAAGAACUUUUUUACGCAAUUUCAAACUUAUAGCCUCAAACAUACAACAACGAAGUUAUGCAAGUCUUGAAAAUGAAGCAGAAAAAACAGCAGAAAUACAUAAAAAGGUGCCAUCAAAAGUAGUUAGUUAUACCACUGAUAUUUAUACUCAUUUGAAAAGAAACCCGAAUUUUAAAGAACUUUCUCCAGAUGACAUUAAAUUUUUUCAAUCAAUAUUAUCACCCAGUGAAUUAAUUGUAGAUAAUGGCAAUAAUCAAGAUGAUUUAAUUCCCUACAAUACUGAUUGGAUGAAAAAAUAUAGAGGAAAAUCAAAAUUAGUAGCAAAACCUAAAACUACUGCACAAAUUUCCAAGUUAGUCAAGUAUUGUAAUGAGAAAAAGUUGGCUAUCGUACCUCAAGGCGGAAAUACUGGCCUCGUUGGUAAGAAUGCUUAA